AUGCAGAUCCCAAAAAAAAAAAAAAAAAAGGUCAAGAGCUCUGCUCUCAGCUUAAUUAUUUUUCGCGCCUUUGGAAAUUUCGUGAGCCUUCUCCAGUUUCUUCUUGUUGCUCAACCACCACCAUCUAACUCAUUCAUCGAAAUGGCUCGUCAAUCUCGUAGUCGCGCAUCUGCCCCGGCUCCCCGUGCCCCACCAGCUCAAUCCCGGGGUGCCCACACUGCGGCGGCUCCUGCAGGAUACGCUUCUUCUCCUGCUCAUGCUCCAGCACCUCCAGCAGCCGCUGCAUCCCACGCUGCACCUCAGCAACCUGGAAUGCUCGCUCAAAUGGCCGCCACCGCUGGAUCUGUAGCAGUUGGUUCGACCAUUGGACACGGCAUCUCAAGCAUGCUCUUUGGCGGAUCAAGCACUGCCUCUCAUGAGGCUGCCCAGGCUGCCCCUGUCCAACAGCAGCAGUCUGCCAUUAACUGCGAAGUCCAGGCGAAAGACUUCACCAAAUGCCUCGACAAAGCCGACCUUCCCUCCUGCACUUGGUAUCUCGAGCAAUUGAAGGCUUGCCAAGCUGCUGCAGCCCCCUACUAA